GCCAAUCAUGGGCGGCAAGCGCUACGUGGCGGGCGAUGCGAGAGAACUUCGAAUACAGCCCUGUAAGCCAAGAAACUAGGGGCCCCAUUGUCCACUUUGGGGGAUUUCCCUGUCUUCUUUCUCUUCUAUUUCUCUUUCUCUCCGGUCGCUGGCCCAGUCAGUCUACCUUACAUUCAUUUUCACCAUGAACAACACAGCGGGUGACGGCGUUUUCCGAUACCGAGAUGGCAUUGCGGUUGCGCAGCUUGUCUGCUUUUCGGCGGCUUUGCUCGCCGCAGUACACUUCCGAUGGACACGUCGAAUUGGAUGGUUUUGUAUCGGGGUAUUGGCGUUAUUCAGAUUGAUAGGAGCGGGGUGUAUGCUGGGCACUAUCAACAAAGAUACGGAUGGCCUAUGGGCUGGUGUCUUUGUAUGCGAGUCACUGGGGGUGCUGUUGAUCAUAUUCCUCCUUCUAGAGAUGCUUGAGCGGAUCAACAAUGUCGUGCCGGUCGCGCGCCGCUUCGUCUUCAUUGUACCACAAGUUAUCACCUGGAUUGAUAUCGGUAUCUCCAUCGGUGGCUUCGUGGCCGUCAAGCAAAAAGAGCACGGUCAACUACUACCGACGCCGUACAGUCGCGCCGGUAUCGCCAUUCUGUUCGUUAUCUAUCUGUGGAUGGCCGGCACAUUCGUCUGGUUCUGGCUGCGCCGCGCAGAUUAUCCGGCCAUCGAGCGCCGCACGGUCAACUGUGUGGCCCUAUGUGUGCCGAUACUGGCUAUUCGCAUCGUAUACUCGCUUAUAUUCAUCAUCACCGCCGACAUGACAUGGAACGCGGUCAAGGGCGAUUCCACCGCCUAUCUGAUCAUGACCAUGCUACCUGAAGUCGCCAUCGUGGCCCUCACCAGCGUCACCAUUAUGAAGAUCCCGUCGCUGACUCAAGAGAAAGGGACGGAGGCGUACGAUGAUCGCGGAAGUCGAGGAAGCCAGAACGUACCGCUGGUUUAGUGAUCGAACUUUCCUGUGAAUAGAGAAAAUAGACAUAACCAAGCAUCGGUUCAAGAAGCGUGCGUAUAGUUCUGAAUCUGGCCUGGAUGAAUUGUUACUGUCAGCCCACGAUGAUGACAUAGUCAGCCCCA